AUGCCUCAUACCCGCUUUUCUCAAGACCCUCCCCAGGUCGCCCAACAACAAAAUGAUCUAGACCUCACUGCUAAAAAGCCCAAGGGCCCUACUUUGACCCAUGUCGAAGAGACGGCCGAGCUCUCUGGUAGUGGUUCCCGCUCCGGCGCCGGCUCCGGCUCCGGCUCCGGCUCCGUCGAUGCCAGCGCUCCCUCGAACGGCAACGGCAGCAAAGGCGACGGCAUCGGCAUCGGCACGGCCUUGGAGAAGCUAGUCACCAGCGAAAAGUACGAAAUCACCGAGGACGACUGCUACCACGAGCUGGGCUACGGCUUCCCCAAGUGGAAGAAGUGGUACAUCCUCACCGUCAUCUUCUGGGUCCAAGUCUCCAUGAACUUCAACACGUCUCUCUACUCCAAUGCCAUCCCCGGCAUCUCUGAAGAGUUCGGCGUCAGCCACCAGGCUGCCCGGUGCGGCGCCAUGAUCUUCUUGGUCAUGUACGCCUUCGGGUGCGAGCUGUGGGCUCCGUGGUCCGAGGAGUUUGGGCGCUGGCCGGUCCUGCAGCUCUCGCUGUUCUUCGUCAACCUCUGGCAGCUGCCUGUUGCCUUGGCCCCCAGCUUCACCUCCAUCAUGGUCGGCCGCGCGCUGGGCGGCCUCUCCUCCGCCGGCGGGUCCGUCACGCUCGGCAUGAUUGCCGACAUGUGGGAGUCGGACAAGCAGCAAUACGCGGUGGCCUAUGUGGUGUUUUCCUCGGUGGGAGGCUCUGUCCUCGGCCCCAUUGUCGGAGGCUUUACCGAAGAGUAUCUAGACUGGAGAUGGUCUAUUUGGAUUCAGCUCAUCCUCGGGGGCUUCGUGCAGAUUCUCCAUGCCGCCACGGUUCCCGAAACCCGGACCACCAUCAUGAUGAACCGCAUCGCCAAGCGCCGCAGACGCGAGACCGGCCAAAACGUCUGGGGCCCCGACGAGCUCGUACCCUUCAAGGAUCGCUUCUCCGCCAGGGAGAUCCUCGCCACCUGGGUUCGACCGUUCCGCAUGUUCCUCACCGAGCCCAUCGUCCUGGUCCUGUCUCUGCUGUCCGGCUUUUCCGACGCCCUCAUCUUCAUGUUCAUCCAGUCCUUUGCGCUCGUGUACGCCCAGUGGAACUUUACCACCGUCGAGAUCGGCCUGAGCUUUAUUGCCGUCGGCAUCGGGUACGUAGUGGCCUGGAUGCUCUUCAUCCCCGCCAUCCGGCGCAACGUCAAGGAACGGGCCGCCAAGCCAAACGACGAGCGGGCUCAGUACGAGUCCCGCCUCUGGUUCCUCCUCUACACCGCGCCCUGCCUGCCCAUCGGGCUGAUUGGUUUCGCCUGGACCAUCCAAGGUCCCCCCAUCCACUGGAUCGGGUCCAUGAUUUUCGUCGCCAUUGUCGGCAUCGCCAACUACGCCAUCUACAUGGCCACCAUUGACUACAUGGUCUGCGCCUACGGGCCGUACUCUGCCUCCGCCACUGGCGGCAACGGCUGGGCCAGAGACUUCAUGGCCGGCGUGCUCACGGUCCCGGCCAUGCCCUUCUUCCAAAACAUUGGCGCGUCGACCGGCAUGAACCUCGAGUAUGCCAGCACCAUCCUCUUUUGCAUCUCCUUCGUCCUCGUCAUUGCCGUGUACGUCAUCUACUGGAAGGGCCCGGAGCUGAGAAAGCGGUCUCCCUUUGCUCAGAGGCUGGCAAAUGCGCGAAUCGAGCACACUCAGGAAGGUCGCCGAGGCAGCGCGGCAUACGAUGCGCAGGAACGCCGAGCGUCUGUUGCCUCCGCCACUGGCGGCAGACCGCCCAUGGACGAGCGAAGAUUCAGCCAGCAACGCCGCUUCUUUGGGGAGAGCCGUGUCACGCCCCGAGGAACUCCUCGCGGCACGCCUUCAGCAAGCCGCCGUCCCAGCAUUGUGAAUGCUUCCUCCUAG